AUGUCGCAAAGACGUCACACUAUGGUGUUGCUCACCUUGACUUUGGAGGGGGUGCUUUAUUACCUUUGGGCAAUGGCAGAGGCUCACAUAAGAAUAGAGGCCCCAGAAGUGCACUUUGCAUCGCACUAUAAGCCGGCAUUUGUGCGUGCCGCUGUAGAGAGCAUGCCUCUGGAGGAUGAGUCAGCAGAGGCGCUCGAAGGUGGAGCCCUGAGUCGAUUCAGCAUGCGGCCCUCAUUUGGUGACACAUUCUUUCCAUUACGCAGCGCCGUGGAAAGUGUGCCGACUGUUGAUGUACGUACCAUUGCCCAGCUGCGGGAAUCUUCGCCGUUCCGGUCAUUUGUUCGCGACUCGGUAGAGGCACCACCUACCGAUGACGAGGAUGAUGAUGAUGAGGUUCCGCUGACUUACGGGAGCUAUGUUCGCACAGGCAGUGAUGCUGAUGCCGCAGAUGAGAGACCGCAAAAGAUAAGUGCGUUAGUAGAGCCGGAUCCGUGGACAGUUUCCGAUAAGUACGCCGCCUUUAUUGCUCCCAGUUCAUCGGAUGGUUAUAAGCCGCAGCCAUAUCGUGAGGGCUCCCCGCAUCAACAGCUGCUGAAGUCUGUGGACAUAGAACAACUAGAGCACAUCGAUGAGCUAGAUCCCUACAGGGAGCAACAGUCCUAUGGCGCCUUGGCCCAUGCGAUGGACGAUGAAAAUGGCCCAGCCUAUGGCGCCUUGGCUCAGAUCAAAGCAGCAAGCAAGCCAACAAACACCAAAAUAAAAUACAACAGCUCUCCCAAGGUUCUCUGCUACAUGUCCAAUUGGGCUUUUUAUCGCAAAGCUGAUGGACAUUUUGUGCCAGAGCAACUGGACGGAAAACUAUGCUCCGCUAUUGUCUACUCAUUCGCCUCACUGGACCCUGAUCACUUGACUAUCCGUGAAUUUGAUCCCUGGGUUGACACAGAGAACCAGUAUUAUCAACGAGUAAUGGCACUGGGUGUUCCUGUGCUGAUUGCCAUGGGCGGCUGGACAGAUUCAAGUGGUGACAAGUACUCGCGCCUGGCUGGUGAUGACAUCAAACGAAAAGUGUUUGCCUCGAGUGUUGCAGGUUUCGUUAAACGUCACGGUUUUAAGGGCUUACAUUUUGACUGGAACUACCCUAAGUGCUGGCAGAGCGAUUGCUCCAAGGGCCCGAUAAGUGAUCGCCCUAACCUUACGAAACUACUCCGUGAGGUGCGUGCCGAGUUUAACCGAGUGGACAAGGCAUUGCAACUAGGCGUCGCCAUUUCUGGCUACAAGGAAAUUAUUACUGAAGCAUACGACCUCUCCGAUCUAUCGAAUAUUGUGGACUACAUGACUGUGAUGAGCUACGAUUACCACGGGGCCUGGGAGAGUCAAACGGGCCACGUGAGUCCGUUGUAUGGUCGCCAAACUGAUAAGUAUCCCCAAUACAACACAGACUACACAAUGCAGCUGCUUGUCAAGAUGGGAGCCAAGCGCGAGAAACUUAUCAUGAGUAUACCAUUCUAUGGGCAAAGCUUUACCUUGGCGCAGGACAGCAGUCGGUUGGUGGGCGAAGGAGUGCCUACUAAUGGGCCGGGCGAUGCUGGUGAAUAUACAAAACAGCCCGGAAUGCUGGCUUACUACGAAAUUUGUCAGCGUAUACGCAAGCAGAAGUGGCAGACAAGUCGCGAUGCGGAGCGUAAAUCAGGACCCUAUGCGAUGCUGCGCAAUCAGUGGGUGGGCUAUGAAGAUGCAGCAUCGGUGGAGGCAAAAGCUCGUUAUGCCGUCAACAACGACUUUGGUGGGGUUGCUGCCUGGACCGUAGACUUGGAUGAUUUCCAGAAUAGGUGCUGUAGCGAAGCCUUCCCGUUGCUCAAGGCCAUUAACCGAGCCUUGGGGCGCAUAGAUUCUGAGCCCCCCACGCGCAGCAACUGCGAACGACCACCAGAACCAAUUACGCCGGUACCGCCGCAGAUGACGACGGUUAGCAGUGAUGGAUCCUCCGGCGGAGGACAUCAAGAACACACUACACCCUGGCAAAGUUGGCAACCAACCAGUAGCACUACAACAAAGCGACCCAAAACGACAACCACUUCUACUACGACAACAGCAUCGACGUGGUGGUCUUCCACAACGACGACUACUCGAAGAACAACAACCACAACACGAGAACCACCAACGACAAAAACGACGCGUCGUCCUACAAAUCCUACUAAAACCACCGCACGGCCAGCACACACAACUAUUCCUGUCCCAGCGCUAGUUUACCCCGUGGUUCAGCCAGGAGAAUGUGAAUCAGGUCAGUUCUACGCUGAUAAUAAAAAUUGCAAUGCUUACUACCACUGCAUUGUCGCCGGCGAGCUUCGCCAGCAAUUCUGCCCUGGGGGACUUCACUGGAAUAACGAGGUUAAGAGCUGUGAUUGGCCCUCAUCUGCACAGUGUAGGGAAAGUAAGCCACAAGCUGCACCUCGUCCUACUGUACGACCCUCUACAUCACUCCCACCACCCGUGCCUAGCAGCACAAAGAAGCCAAACAAACGCAAGACCACAACGACUUCUAAGCCCAGUCGCAAGCCGAAACCAAAGCCUACACAGCCUAUUCAAGUGCAAGUCUCGAGUACCAAGCCUCCUCCUAAGCGCACAACAAAGAGGCCACGUCCCCAGACAGCACGCUGCAAUGAAGGCGAAUAUUAUACUCAUCGAAACUGCGGUCAAUUCUACAUUUGUAUCAACGGCGCACUGGCGGCCAAUGCCUGUGGCGGCGACCUCCAUUGGGAUGCCUUGCGAAAGAUCUGUGACUGGCCAGAAAAUGUACAAUGUGUAACCACCAAAAAAUACCUGCGUAUAGUGCAGUCAAAAGCCAAUCCGGAAGAUCCGUGCAACGGAGAGGAGCGAGUACCAUACCCGGGCAAUUGCUCAAAGUAUCUUUUCUGUCUGUGGAAUCGCCUCCAAGCUGCCGACUGUGCACCCGGUCUCCACUACAAUGAAGCUCUGGGAGUUUGUGACUGGCCGAAUGCAGCCAAUUGCAAAGAGAGUGGUGGCGUUGGAAGCACAGGUCAAAUUUCUGGCUCUAAGCCACCACCAGCUGCCAAACCAGCUCCUACAACCAAGAAACCCAGCACCACACCGCGACCUACUUACCCAACUGAUAAGCCGCUUCUUCAGCCCUUGGAUGGAUAUUUCAAAGUCGUCUGCUAUUUCACCAAUUGGGCGUGGUAUCGCAAGGGCCUCGGCCGAUACACGCCUGACGAUAUCAACACUGAUUUGUGUACCCAUGUGGUAUACGGUUUUGCCGUUCUUGACUAUUCAGAACUUAUUUUGCGCACACACGAUUCCUGGGCGGACAUAGACAACAAUUUCUACACGCGCGUCAGUAGCCUGCGUAGCAAGGGUGUGAAGGUUAGUCUCGCACUUGGUGGCUGGAACGACUCCCAAGGCGAUAAAUAUAGCCGCCUAGUUCGCAGCCCUACUGCACGUGCGCGAUUCAUCAAACAUGCGUUAGAAUUUAUAGAGAAAUACGGUUUUGAGGGUCUUGAUUUAGACUGGGAAUAUCCGGUAUGUUGGCAAACAGAGUGCAACAAGGGCUUUGCUGAAGAGAAGGAAGGUUUUACCGCCUGGGUACGUGAGUUGUCCGAGGCUUUUAAGCCACGGGGCCUGCUCCUUUCGACGGCUGUAUCGCCAAGCAAAAAGAUCAUAGACGCUGGAUAUAAUGUGCCUGAGCUGGCACACUAUUUCGACUGGAUAGCCGUGAUGACCUACGAUUUCCAUGGGCAGUGGGACAAAAAGACUGGCCACGUUGCACCACUGUACCAUCACCCUGACGACGAUUUUGAUUACUUCAAUGCGAACUUCUCACUGAACUACUGGAUUGAGAAGGGCGCCCCUUCGCGCAAGAUUGUCAUGGGUAUGCCACUAUAUGGCCAAUCAUUCACACUGGAAAAUGCAAACAAUAACGGAUUGAAUGCAAAGGCACCAGGGCCAGGACAAGCCGGUGAAUUCACAAAAGCUGCCGGAUUCUUAGCAUACUAUGAGAUAUGUGAACGUGUGAAGCACCAAGGCUGGGAAGUGGUGCAGGAUGAGCGAGGUCGCAUGGGACCGUACGCUCGCAAAGGAACUCAAUGGGUUUCAUAUGAUGAUCCAGAAAUGAUACGCAAGAAGUCACAACUGGUUCGCGCUUUAGAUCUUGGAGGCGGUAUGGUCUGGGCCCUAGAUUUGGAUGACUUCCGUAAUCGGUGUGGAGACGGCGUUCAUCCCCUUCUUCGCACAAUUCACGCUGUUUUAAAGGAUCCCCCUAGUGGCUAUGAACCAGCGCCCGGUCUUACUCCCGCUGAGGCAGAAUCCGUCGAAGAACAAGGCAACUCAGAAGAAAUAGCAGCGUCUGUAGAAAAUGAAGCGGAGCAACCCGCACAAGAAGCCGUUGGGCCAUCAGGGGAGGAUACUGAAGACGGUGAAGAUGUCGGUGGAGAAGCAGAGGAAGAAGACGUGGUUGUUGAUAUGCAGAGCUCUUCCCAGGAGAGCAGUAAUGAAAGCCAGUCGUCUCAAGAAAACGAAGUGGAUCCCAAUGAUGACGUUGAAACAGGUAUCGAACCACAAUUUCCCACUGCAGGCAUGAGCAAUGGAGAUGAAGACUUUAAGGUUGUGUGUUAUUUCACAAACUGGGCCUGGUACCGGCAGGGAGGUGGAAAGUUCCUGCCAGAGGAUAUUGACGCUGAUCUCUGUACGCACGUCGUUUACGGCUUUGCUGUUCUUAACCGUGAAAAACUAACCAUUCAGCCACAUGACUCGUGGGCCGAUCUGGAUAACAAGUUCUAUGAACGAGUGGUGGCUCUGAAACAAAAGGGCGUUCGAGUCACUGUUGCGAUUGGUGGCUGGAAUGACUCAGCCGGUGACAAGUACGCCCGUUUAGUGCGAAGCGCAACGGCGCGAGCACGUUUUGUUCGUCACGUUGUAGAAUUCAUCGAAAAAUAUGGCUUUGACGGCCUGGACUUAGACUGGGAGUACCCUGUUUGCUGGCAAGUGGAUUGCAAGAAAGGCACUACCGAUGAAAAGGAUGGGUUCACUGAACUAGUACGCGAGCUCUCGGAAACGUUCCAACCGAAAGGUCUCCUGCUCUCGGCAGCCGUUUCGCCUAACAAAAAAGUCAUCGACGCCGGGUACAAUGUUCCUCUGUUAUCCAGCUAUUUUGAUUGGAUUGCGGUAAUGACCUAUGACUUCCAUGGACAAUGGGAUAAGAAAACGGGCCAUGUAGCUCCCAUGUACAGCCACCCAGAGGGUACGGAUACCUUUAAUGCCAACUUUUCUAUUAACUACUGGAUCCAGAGCGGCGCAUCACGCAAAAAGAUUAUUAUGGGUAUGCCCAUGUAUGGACAGUCCUUCUCGUUGGCUCAGGCCAGUGAUCACGACCUGAAUGCACCAACUUAUGGAGGCGGGGAGGCAGGAGAGGCUACUCGUGCUCGAGGCUUUCUGGCAUACUACGAAAUCUGCUCAUACAUACGUCAGCGUGGAUGGAAAGUGGUACGCGAUGCUCGCGGGCGCAUGGGCCCCUAUGCAUACUUACGGGACCAAUGGGUAUCGUUCGAUGAUGCCCCAAUGAUUCGUCACAAGAGCGAAUACGUCCGGGCUAUGGGAUUGGGAGGCGCAAUGAUUUGGGCGUUAGACCUAGAUGAUUUCAAGAACGAUUGCGGCUGUGAAUCAUACCCGCUGCUUAAAACCAUCAACCGCGUCCUUAGAGGAUAUAGCAGUCCGCAUCCUAAGUGUGUCCUGGAAAAUAGUGAAAAAACAAUGAUUGCCGGAGACAAGGAGACUACAACGCCGCCCAAGCCAACUGUUAACACCGGCACUCCAGCUCCAUUAAUAGAGACGGCAUCCAAGGAUCCCAACCAGCAGUUGGACUGCAAUGGACGUAACUUUGCUGCACACGAUCGCGACUGCAACAAGUAUUACAUCUGCCAAAACGGUCAAUUUAUUGAGCAAAGAUGCCCUGCUGGCCUACAUUGGAACGAAAACUAUUGCGAUUGGCCGAAUAACUCCAAUUGCGGAGUACGGGCUGAUCAAACUACUGCACCACCGGUGGUUCACAGGCCCAAGCCCACAAUUAGCAGCUCCUCCGCAACAACACCCACAAAGCCAACUAAAAAACCCUUCACACCACCUAACAAGAAGCCCAUUUCGCGUCCAAAACCCACUCCCGCACCUCCACUGGGAAGCACGGAGGACUAUAAAGUUGUCUGUUACUUCACUAAUUGGGCUUGGUAUAGGCCUGGGCAAGGGAAAUACGUACCAGAAGAUAUAGACGAAAAUUUAUGUACCCACAUUGUUUAUGGAUUUGCAGUUCUAAAUAGCAAUACAUUAACCAUCAAGACCCAUGAUUCCUGGGCCGACAUAGACAACCGCUUUUACGAGCGCGUAGUGGCCUACAAGCAGAAGGGUCUACGAGUUACUGUCGCCAUAGGAGGCUGGAACGAUUCUCUGGGCAGCAAGUACGCACGUUUGGUUCUUGAUCCUCAAGCCCGUGCAAGAUUCAUUGAGAGCGUAUUACAGUUCAUAGAUAAGUAUGGAUUUGAGGGCUUGGACUUGGAUUGGGAGUAUCCGGUGUGCUGGCAAGUAGAUUGCAACAAAGGAAGUCCAGGCGAGAAGCAGGCCUUUGCCGCACUGGUACGAGAGUUGUCCGCAGCUUUUAAACCACGCCAAUUAUUGCUCUCGGCAGCAGUUUCCCCCAGCAAAAUGGUGAUUGAUGCCGGCUACGAUGUACCCACUCUAUCGCGGUAUUUUGAUUGGAUUGCAGUGAUGACUUACGAUUACCAUGGGCAUUGGGAUAAGCAGACAGGACAUGUUGCGCCCCUUUACUAUGUGGAUGGCGAUACAAACAAAUACUUCAAUGCCAACUACACCAUACACUACUGGUUGGAUCAAGGAGCGCCAGCCAGCAAGCUCGUCAUGGGCAUGCCUCUGUAUGGUCAGUCAUUUUCAUUGGCCGAUCAAAAGCAUCGUGCUCUGAAUGAUAGAUCUAUCGGACCUGGCCAAGCGGGCACCUACACACGUGCCGGUGGCUUUUUGGCCUACUACGAGAUAUGUGAGAAGGUAAACAACGGUGGCUGGACUUUGGUGCGGGACGAAGAAGGCCGCAUUGGCCCAUAUGCCUACAGCGGCAAUCAAUGGGUAUCAUAUGAUGACGUGGCCGAAAUACGCCGCAAAGCACAGUUCGUCCGAAGUUUGCGCCUGGGCGGUGGCAUGGUUUGGGCCCUAGACCUUGACGACUUCCACGGUCGCUGUGGCUGCGGCAAACAUCCGCUCCUACGCACACUGAACCAGGAGCUGCGCGGCAUACCUGGACAGCGGGCAAGCGAUUGCACAUAAUGCACAUAAUACUGCAUACAAUUAAGUAAUACAUAUUACAUAUUCCAGAAUAUUUCAACGCUUCUAGGCGCACAAUCUGUUCUCAAGAUUUUUGCCAUUUAGUUGUAAUCA